CUUAAUUAACGAGCCUAAAUUAGUUAUUGUUUUAACAGUGUUUUAAUAAUUAAAAUUACAAUAUGACGAUGCCCCCUCAGCAAGUAGCGAAUAAAUCCGGCAGCGGGUGGCCGAGGAAAGCUCAUCCGACAACGGCAGCUCCUAGGCCUGUAAACCAGUCAAUUACGAUUGAUAGAACGAUUAACGUAUAUCCUUUAACAAACUAUACAUUUGGAACAAAGGAACCACUUUUUGAAAAAGAUCCCUCAGUUCCAGCUCGAUUUCAAAGAAUGCGUGACGAGUUUGAAAGAAUCGGUAUGCGUAGGUCAGUUGAAGGAAUUUUGUUAGUCCAUGAACAUGGUUUGCCACAUGUUCUCCUUCUACAAUUAGGAACAACAUUUUUCAAAUUACCCGGAGGUGAAUUAAAUCCUGGUGAGGAUGAAGUAGAAGGCUUGAAAAGGUUAUUGACAGAGACGCUGGGCAGGCAGGAUGGGGUUAAGCAGGAAUGGACAAUAGAAGACACCGUUGGUAAUUGGUGGAGACCAAACUUUGAACCGCCUCAAUAUCCAUAUGUAGCUCCCCAUAUCACAAAACCAAAAGAACAUAAAAGAUUGUUUCUAGUGCAGCUUCAAGAGAAGGCUUUAUUUGCUGUGCCUAAGAACUACAAGUUAGUAGCUGGACCCUUGUUUGAGCUUUAUGACAAUUCUCAAGGAUAUGGCCCGAUAAUAUCCUCACUUCCUCAGGCUCUGUGCAGGUUUAAUUUUAACUAUAUGUGAGAAAUAGGAAAAUCUUUUAUGUGCUUAAAUGAGCAACUAUAUUAGUUGCCUGCAUUCCUGAGCUGAGCAAUAAAGAUUCAGAGAUCAAACAUGACGUUAGUCAGUCUGGUGAAGAUAAUUGAUUUAAUAAUAAGAUAGAAUUUAAGUAUUCUUAGGUAAAUCGGAAUAU